UUUAGAACAAUACUUGUAAUAUAACACUUUAAUUUUCUCUGAUGAUAAUCAAUACUUACAUUGUGACUGAAGAUUGUUGCAAAUUGUGUAAUGCACUAACAUUGUGUAAUGUAAUGGACUCAAAUUGUGUAAUUGCACACCUCCUGAGUGAGAUAUAUCAAUGUAUGAAGUUUCAUGUUGCUAUCUCAAAGACUUUUUGUGUUAUUCUCUGGACAAAAAUUAAGUUUGAAAAAUAACAAUGGGCAAUAACUGAAAAAUUAUGCAGGGUAUUAACACAGGUAAAUAUGCACCACGUGUUUGCUGUAUGUUUGGUACCCCAUAUGUUUUCCAUAUGUAGAACAUAUGUGUUCCAAGUGUUUUGAAAAACAUGUGUUUAAGAACAUGUGUUUUUUCAUAUGUAAGAUGAACAUAUGUAAACAGGACCAUAUGAAAAACAUGUGUCAACAAACAUAUGUUAAACUCAUGGUUAUCACAUGUUUUUCAUAUGAAUAAGUUUUCAUAUGUUAAAUAUAUAUGAACUUUCAUGUGUUUUUCAUAUGAAAAAUUAUGAUCAUAUAUUCUGCAAAAUUUACACUUUGAACAGUCUAAAUUAGAUUCUACAUGAUUGUACAUAAAUUCUUAAAAGAUUCUUGGUUAACGAACUGUCCCCUAGAUGUUCACUCAAUAAAAUCUAACUUAUACCUAGUGUUUAAAGAUCCUGUAUGUUGAAACAUUUAAGUGAAAGUAUAUAUAUGUUGUAAUUAUGCUUAUAAAACAAUUUUCAAACAUUGAAGAAUUUGUUAAAUAUGUACUGCAAACAUGUGUACAAUUUAUAUGUAUGCAUUGUUUUCAUAUUGAAAAAUUUGACUUAUAGAAAAAAAACUUUUUAUUACCUCCCUUUAUUUACAUGAAAUGUAAAAUUCGGUAAUAUCUUUUAUUAAUAAUGUUUUUUGGAACUUACAGAAUUGAUAAAUCUUAAUUUGAGCAUCAUAUUUAUGAUAUUAAACCAUAAAAGAUUUGUUUUACAGGAUCUUUAAAAUUGUUUUAUAAGCAUAAUUAAAUACAUAUAUAUAAUUUGACUUAAAUAUUGAGCAUUUGAUCAUUAAGCUCAAGCAGGAUACACUUUAUUUAACAAUUGUAAUGAAAAACAUAAAUGAAACACUGUUUCCUACCAUAUGAAAAACAUAAUAAUGUUAUUCAUAUGAAAAACAUGUGUCUGUACCAUAUGUAAAACAUAAGGGGGUACUUUUCUUGGAGAAAAUAAAAAGUAGAUAAAGAAGUAUGAAUAAAUGAAAAAUGACUUACAAAUCCCUCAGAUAAAGUUAAGUAUAAAUAAAUGACUGAAUGACUUAAAUACCCAUCAGGUUUAGAGACGUAUUAAUAAAUGAAUGAAUGACUUGCAUAUCCAUCAGUUUUAGUUUUAAAUCUAAUAUCUUCCAACAACUGCCCCUGAAAAUAAUCAAAUAUAAGAAAUAAAAUCUUGAUUUAAAGGCUUCUUCCAAACUAUAAUGAAUUAAUUUAAUUUAAAUAUCAAUAAAAUAAAACUAAAACUGUCAGUGAAUGUGAUACUAAAUAUCCCCCUAAAAAGUUUUUAUUCCUAAAACAAGAGUCAAUACAAGCAGGGCCACACUUUUUUCUUAUUACCAAAUGCAAAAACAUUGACAGACAGUUUUAUUAAAAAAUUUCUUUUAAAGGUUAAGGAUAUAUUUGAAUCUAUUCUUCAAAUAGUCAAGUUAACUAGAGAACAAUUUGAACAAAACACAAUAUGAAGUAAUACACAAUGCAUGUUUAAUUUUUGUAAAAAUGUCAUGUGUUUCUAUAAUAUAUUAAACCAAGUUAGUAAAAAACAACUGUUUUAAUCAUUUUGUAAUUUUAAACUGCAGAAUGGAAUGUUUCAUAUUCAUAAAAUUCAUAAUAAAAGGGUAAUACAUAAGUGUCAAGGGACAUUAUUCAAUUAACUUUUAUACCAGGAAGAGGAAGUAAGUUAUUUCCCUUCCAUUCAAAACCAAAAGAGGAAGUAAAUCACUGAAAAUAGCAAAACUGCUCACAGAAAGAAAACAUAUUAUUUUCAUCACAUCAUUUAGAAUCAAACAUUAAAAAAUGUUUCCAGCACCUCACUACAGGGAACAGCUAUCACUGAUGUUAUCCGAAGUUUUAAAUGACCUUGGUGUCAAUGAACGAAUUGUGAUGAAAAGGAGAAAAAUAAUGGAGAUGGAAGAGACUAUGGACACUAUUGCAUGGAUGUCAACUGGUGAAAAUGUGACUUCUUACAUUUUAGGGAGUCAAAUUGAAGGAACAACCACUAUGGGACUUGAGUCAGAUAUAGAUUAUGUAACUUUUGACAAUAAUGUUAAUGUUAUACAAGACUUGUCAGAGUGGGAACUGAACAAGAAAAACUACCUCAUGGUACAGGAUGAGAACACAACCCCUGGAUAUUGUUUCCUACACUUGUUUCGAUCUGAUGAACCUUUGCCUGCCACUGAAAUUCCUAAUAAUCACCAAAGAUCUGAAAGAAGAAAAAUAUUAUGUAAAAACACAAUAAAAAAUUCCUUUAUGCUUUUUGGUAUGAAGCAGCAUGGACCAGCUAUUUCUAAACUAGGACAGCACAAUGCUCGUGAUGUAGAUACUGUGCUUGCUUAUCCCUGUAAAUCUUGGCCUCAACCCGCAUCAGCUUGGUUAGAGAGACAAGGUACAGGAGGAUGGCCAACAAAUGAGAUGAGAAGAUUCGCAUCCAGAAAAAAGUGUUUUGUUGUUCCAGUUGGAAGUAAGAUCAGUGUUUAUCCUGAACUGGAAUGGAGAAUAUCGACAUCCCUGGCAGAGAGAUAUCUUAUGUCCAAUUUCAAUAUAACACAAAUAAGGUGCUAUGUUGUACUGAAAAUGAUUCUUAAAUCAUUCCUAAAUCCUAAGGGGGUAAUAAACAUAUCAAGUUUUAUGAUUAAAACAGUUUUAUUUCAUUGUAUAGAAAAUACAGAACCAAGUAUAUGGGUAGAUAACAAUUUAUUGACAUGUUUGAUAUUCUGCUUACAGGAAUUACAUAGAUGUGUACAGAAUGAACAUUGUUCCCAUUUCAUAAUAUCUGAAAACAACUUGAUGGCAGGACAAUUUCGUUUUGAGACAAAAAAUGAACUUUUAGGAAAUGUAAGUGAAUUUAUUCAGAAUGAUAGACACUUUUUGCUUCGGAUUGAUACUGAUGAUCUAGGAUAUAGACUUAAAAUUAAACUGAACAUGGGACAAGAGAAAGUGUACAGUUCUCUUACUUCGCUUGAAAUUUCUUCUCUUGAACUUACUGCUACAUUAUACGUUAACUUUGCAUUCGCAAUAAGCAGAAAUCUCUAUAAUUUUUUAAUAAGAUUACACAAUACAAACAUUGAAAAUAUGAUGCAAUCUGUAGUCCUAAUGACCUACAUUAAUACUGGUGAGAGGCAUAAUACUAAACACACUGAAGUCAAGUUUCUGGCACCUUUUAUCUACACCACAUAUGGAUCUGCCCUAGCAUCAUCCAGUAUUGGCAAAAAUAAUGAAAUAUCACCUGAAGCAUUUAAUUUGCUAUCAUAUGGUGUAAACUCAGAUGUUUCAUCUGGCAGGCUGAAACUGGCCUCAGUAUUCUGUAGUAUAGGAGAGAUGGAGAAAGCUGAAGAGAUUCUGAGACAAACGGAACAAGAAUAUCACUCUCAUUCUGUUAUACCUAUCUGUAGCUGCGCGUUAGGGAUACCAGAAACAGUAUCUGGAGACAUUGCAAGGGUAUGUAAUGAACACAAUGAAGACUGUAUCAAACAUUUUGUAGCAUUUUGCGUCCAUUUCAUACGGCUGGAGAUCAACUGCGUUCCUCGUGAACUACAAUAUGAACUGUUCAGAUCUACACAAGAUGACAUGAUACACAGAGGCCCUAAUGACCUAUGGAUGGAAUGGGCUGUAGUUGAUUCCCUACCUUUUCUGUACUUCCUACAAUACAAGAUAUAUAGUCAUCUACAAAGACAACAAGAAAAACAACAAGCACUCAAUCAAUCUUAUAAGAACCACAUUUACAGACAAAAACCUUACACAUAGAGAAACAACUCUUAAUAUUUUGGGGCAAUGUAUGGAACAAGAGAAUAGACCAAAUGAUGCUUUACAUUACUACAUAUAUUCUCUGAAAGAAAGACCAAGAAACAACACUGCAAAAAUUCAUCUAUGCCGGCUUCUCUGCAAGUGUUACAUGGUUUUAAAAUUCUACUUUUUAAUUCAGAAAGUAAAUAUGAAAAGAAAGUAGAACAACACGUCAAAACCCGGGCAUAUGUUUUGGACACUUUAUUCAGUCAAAGAAUAACCAUAAUCAAGAUAAUACAAUUUCAGUAUAACACAAAAAGUGGAGCCUUAAUAUCAUAUGCCUUAGUCAAAAUGUUACUAUUUUUUUAGAACGAAAUGAUGGUCAUUUGCCAAAGAAUAUUGGAUCUUUACCAAAAUAUAUGUAUUACCUCAGGGUCACUGUUUGAGAUUUGAAUAAAAGUUGUAAAGUUACUUUCUGUCAAUAUUUCUAAAACAGUUUAAAAACUUAUUUUCUUCUGGUUGUACAGAUUGCAUGCUGUAAUCAUUAUGAUUAUUUUGCCUUUGGUUUAUAUGUUGAAGUUAAGAGCCCCUUAAA